GGGGGCCGGGGCCGGGACGUCCGCUGCAGGCAGCGGUAACGGCGACGCCAGGGACGCCAGCGGCAGGGGCCUCGCCAUGGGCGUCGACUACCGCUCCUACCUGGGCGAGUCGGCGUCCACCUGCUCGUCGCCAUCCACCGGUUUUGCGCCGUACGCUUCGCCGUACGCCGGCCGCCUGGGGCACCUCCCUGGGCCGCAGAGCCAGACCCACCAGGCCCACCAGGCUCAGCACCACGGCCUGCACGGCCACCACGGCCACCACGGCCACCAGCACGGCCAGGGCCACCAGGGCCAUCUAGGCCAGAGCCACCAAGGCCACCACGGCCACCCGAGCCACCAAGAUCACCAUAGCCACCCCGGCCACCCAGACCACCACAGCCACUCGGGCCUCCAGGGCCACCCGGGGCACCAAGGCCACCAAGGAUCAUGCUUGUACACGCGGCCCACAGAACUGACGACGAGGCCGCACUCGCCGCCAGCCGUCACCGCGUCGGGCUGCAACACCACCACCAAGGCGCCGGCCUCCAGCGUGGAGAUCGACCGCAUCAUGGCCAAGAUAGAGCAGGACAACCGCAUCCUGGCCGAGCUGGACAAGACCAGGUCCACGAUUGGCACUACAGUGGACACGACGCGCCACCAGACCAUCUCGGACGCGCUGGGCCUGCACUCGCACCCCGCCGUCUCCACCCUGCCGCUCACGGGCAUCACCACGUCGCUGCCGCUGGGCAUGUCGCAGCCGUCCGCGCUGGUGCAGCCCAUGUCCAGCUACCUCCCCCUGGGCGGGCUGGGCCGCGCCGGCCUGCUGGGCGCCUCGCACCAGUCCCGGAUGAUGCCGCAAAUCCCGGGCAUCGUCACCACCCAGUUCGACGUGGACCGAGGCAUGCUCGACGCACAGCACCUCCUUGGCAGCGCGGCAGGCAAAGUGGACAUGCUGGACAUCCCGGGCAAGGGUCGGUGCUACGUGUACAUCGCCAGGUACUCGUACGACCCCUUCGCGCAGUCGCCCAACGACAACCCGGAGGCCGAGCUCGCCGUCAACGGCGGCGACUACCUGCUCGUCUGGGGUAACAUGGACGAGGACGGCUUCUUCGACGGCGAGCUGCUGGACGGGCGGCGCGGGCUGGUGCCCAGCAACUUCAUCCAGAAGCUGGUCGGCGACGACCUGCUUGAGUUCCACCAGAGCGUGGUGCUUGGCCUCCGCGACUGCGACGACUGUGCCUCCACCACCCUCCCGCAGGACCUGGAUUUUUCCAUGGGCCACGAGUACUUCGAUGAGGCCAUGUACGGCAAGCGCGACUACGCGUACAUGGACUUCGACGAGAUGAUGGACGACGAGGAUGAGGAUCCGAUGGGUGAAGGACCAGACCUCUUCUUCUCGGUGCUAGUGCCGCCACCCAAGCAACUGACGCUGGAGCGGCAGCUCAACAAGAGCGUGCUCAUCGGGUGGAACCCGCCCGAGAACUGCCCACCCGGAGCCAUCGACUCGUACCUCUUGUACGUCGACGGGGUGCUCAAGGCCACGGUCAAAGCCACGGAGAGGACGCGCGCGCUCGUCGAGGGCGUCGACUCAAACCGGCCCCACCGCAUCUCCGUGAGGUCCAUCACGCCCAACCGGAGGACGUCGCGCGACGCGGCCUGCACCAUGGUCAUCGGCAAGGACAUCCCCCUGGGGCCGACCCGGGUCAAGGCGUCGCACGUCACGUCCACGUCGGCGGUAAUCUCGUGGCUGCCCGCCAACUCGAACCACCAGCACGUGGUGUGCGUCAACAACGUGGAGCUGCGCACGGUCAAGCCCGGCGUCUACCGCCACACCAUCACCGGCCUCGCCCCGGACACCGUGUACAGGGUGACGGUCCGCGCCAAGAACAUCCGCGCGCCCCACUUCGACGAGAAGCACAACCUGCCGAUGGAGAGGUACUCGUGUCACAUCGACUUCGUCACACUGCCCAAAGGCUGCAAAGGUCUGCCUGACCCUCCGGCUGAGAUCCAGGUGGAGCCAGGGCCCCAGGACGGCACCCUGCUCGUCACCUGGCUCCCCGUCACGGCCAACAUCACUGCCAGCAGCACCAACGUCACGGGGUACGCCGUCUACGCCGACGGCAAGAAGGUCACCGACGUCGACAGCCCCACGGGGGACCACGCGCUCAUCGACAUCGGCAAGCUGUUGGGGCUGAACCCGAGGCAAGUGACGGUGCGCACCAAGUCCAGGGACUCCCAGUCGGCCGACUCUGCGCCCACACCCAUCCCCACCUCCAUCCUGCGCGGCAAGGGCCACAAGGACUACAAGGACAGGGGGCGCUACGGACAGCAGCACGGCCAGCACGGCCAGCACGGCCGGCACGGCAUGCGCGCCACGCGCGUGGACCAGCACGGCCAGGUGGUCAUCGAGACCGAGGAGAACCUGAGCGACAAGGAGGUGUACCCGGGCAACAGCAUGAGCAUCCCCUCGAUAGGUUACCACUCGUCUCUGGCCCCUAUCGCAGAGAUCACCAAGGACUCGGCGAGCGAGGCUUACAGUGAAGAGGACUACCUGGCGGGCCGGCGCGGCCACCAAGGCCACUACGACCAGCGGCCGCCGCCCCGAAGCCACGCGGAACGGGGGCGGCCUCCCCUGCUGCCGCACGAGCGGCGGGGCGCGGGGCCCCACGACAGGGACCAGUACUACGCCGACGGCCGGCACGGCAGGCAGCCCGGUCAGGGCUAUCGGGGCGGCCCAGGUGCCGCGGGGCCCGCGCAAGGCCCUCAGCGCCAGCAGAACAGGGUACGCUGGUUCGUCGGGCUCUACGAUUACGACCCCAGCACCAUGUCGCCCAACCCGGACGGCUGCGUCGAGGAACUGUCCUUCCGGGAGGGGGAGCGCAUCAAGGUGUUCGGCGAGCGGGACGCGGACGGCUUCUACUGGGGUGAGGUCCGCGGCCGCAAGGGCUUCAUCCCCGAGAACACGGUGGCUGAGGUGACGAGCCCCGACCCGGGCGGCGAUCCAUACUACCACCGCGGGGACCGCGUCGGAGACACGUAUGCUGCCACCCCCGUCAAGAAGAUGGUCGCCCUGUACGACUACGACCCCCAAGAGCUGUCACCGAACGUCGACGCCGAUCAGCAAGUGGAGCUGAGCUUCCGGACGGGCAACAUCAUCUACGUGUACGGCGAGAUGGACGACGAUGGCUUCUACAUGGGGGAGCUUGAUGGCGUACGGGGGCUGGUGCCCUCCAACUUCCUGACACCCCUCAAGAAGCACCAAGAGGCAGACUACCGCAACGGCGGGCCCGGGCAGCAGGGCCCUGGACGGGGCGGCCCCAUGGGACCCAUGGGUCCUAUGGGCCCCAUGCAGCGUGGCCACGGGCCCGGUGCCAGAGGGCCCCCACCGCCCCCCAGGGAGGGCAUGCCAAGGCCCCGGCAAGAUGGCAACUUCCCUCAACCUUCACAGUUAGGCUAUCAUCAGCAGGGUCCGGGGGGCCCCCUGGGGGCGCAGAGGGGGAGAGGCGGCCCGGCCGGGAGAGGUGGUAGAGGCCGCGGACACCCCUCUGGCUACAUGGACGGCGGGCCCGGCGACUACAACCAGCCCGGCCAGCAGGGCCAGGGGAUGAUGAUGCAGCAACAGCAGCAGCAACAGCAGCAACAACAGCAACAGCAGCAACAGCAACGUCAGCAGCAGCAGCCGCCCAUGAAGGGCGUGCCCAAGGUGGUGCCGGACUUCGUGAUCCCCAACAACAAGGAAUCCCCCACGGCCAACACCACGUCCACGUUCCCCCCCGCACCCAAUCUGAUGCAGAAGCUGGGCGACCUGACGGCCGGCCUCACGGGCGGCGACAACCCCGCCGACAACCUGCUGUCCAAGGGCAAGGAGCUCAUCUUCAUGAAGUUCGGCCUGGGCGGCAAGUGAUGUCGGUUUCUAUUUAUUUUUCGGUUUUCCUUGUUUGUCGAGAGAACUUUUCGGAGUGUGUCCUAUCGCCUGCAGUGCUUCGGGUGCGACUUUGAAAUUCGAGUACAUAUCUAACCGUAAGCUGUUAAGCCUAUUGAAAAAAAAUUACAUGCAUAUUCAUUGAAAUUUAUAGUGUUCUUUACCAGAGCACAGUGUUGAGUGAGUGUUUAUUUAUGUUGCCAUUUUAAGCUAUAUAAAAUGUUACUGUUUCCCCCUUGUUGAAAAUCGUCCGGGAGUGUUGGCGCAGACCCCCAGUGGUGCGGCUGGCGUCUGAGUACAAGGAGGCCGCGUAGGAGCGGUCGCUUUCAUAUCCUAUAAAUAGUACAAUUUUUAUCACUGAAAAAGCACCAAUCAAAACUAGUCAAGCGUGGUUCGUCCGCUAGUUAAGUCCUGUAAAUACCUUAUAUCAUCGUCGGACCGCGCGCGACUGAGCGGCGUAGCCAGGCGUACCAACCUAACCUGGCCCGGGCCACGUGCCGGCACGGUGGCGCGGGCAGACGCGGGGUAGUUGGUAGGUUGGCAGCGAGCUUCGCCACUGGGUUGUUACUGUUGUCUGCGCCAGCCCCGUACAGACAGGGUGUACUUCGAGUGUACUUUGCUUGUCGCUUCCUGGGCGGGUCCCACCGCUACCUUGGCAAAAUGUAUACGAGUCACACAGUCCGUGGUGACGUGGCGACGCCUGUGGCACUUUUCCAAGGGCAUGCCGGUGGACACCCGGUUGGAUAACUAUAUCAUGUUCGAGACUAGCUAUGUGCUUUUGUAUAAUCUAUGAGGCUGUUUGGAAAUGUUUUGAAGUCGCUUCAUGUGUUGGUGGUCUUGCAAAGAUGGUUGCCCUGGGCGGUAAUGGUGUGUUUGCCGUUCAACGCCGUGAUAAGCUUCAGUAUUAUGAACGACACUUUGGUCAAAAUAGAACAUCGUAAUUUAGUGUAAAUUAAUUUUUAAUUACAACUUCAAAUUGUACCGAGCAUCGCACAUGCCUCAGCAUAAUAACAUCGAGCUUUAGCAGCCCAGCAUGGAUAGUCCAGAGGUCGGACAUGGUAGUUUUCACUGAUAGUAGAUUAACUCCUUGCCUUCCAUGAUUAUGUUUCGUUUCUAAAUACCACGACGUGCAUCAAAGGGAAACUUGUAAUGAGGGGCUCCCAAAAGUGGCCCCAGUAUUCAAGGCGCAGGGGUAUGUUUAUAUUGAGCUGACUUUGGUUUUCAUAUGCUCAGACACUUUGUACACCCCAUUUCACUGUUACUUAGAGUACUUAGCAUGUCGGAAUAUUUAUUUCGUUGAACAUUGUCCAUGAAGAGUCCAGACUACUGUUUCUGUCAUAUCUCUGAUGAGUCUUGUUUGUUGUGACAUAUAUCUCUCUCAAAUCAGCCUCGAAAAAAAAAGCUUCUUGCAUCAAUCAUCAUUUUCAGUAGGUUGGUAGUCGCAGAUUUUAAACUAUUAUUGUAGUGAGAAAAAUGACUUCAUAACAACAUUAAAGUUUUUAAAUAGUUCAUUUUUAACAUGAAAACAAUUUCAAUACAAUUUCUUCUCUAAUCUUUCUCACUUUCUCUCAAGAUCAUCAGCGCUUGCCAUUAUGAACUAUUUCUGAGCCACAAAAAAUACGUAACAAUUUAGAGUUUAUGAAAUGUGCCACUAUCAGUGCGUAAAAUUCAAUGUAGAUUUAUCCUUUCCCUAUUGGUAAAGUCUUUUUAUGCAUUUGUUCGGACUUUUGGUAAAGGUAUAAAUAUUUGUGCUCCAUUAAAAGGCUUAUCUUUUGCAGUCCCUAUUCCUAAAACCUUGAUCAAGUCAAACUUAAUUUUCAUAAUAGGUGCGUUCUAUGCGAGAUCUGGUCCACUUGAAAACCUUGAACGAAAGACGUAUUUAUUUUCUUUGGUCGUGUUAGUUGCUUAGGACAAAAAUGGACAAUUUCCAGCGAAGUCUCUUAUCUACUACCAUUGACCACAGUCAAAGUGGACUUGUGGAUAUUUUUUUAAACUUGGCUAGCUUUUUUGUUGUUUUGUUGUGUCCAACGUGUGCCAUGAGUGAGCCCUGACCUGACCCCGAAUAUCGCUGUUUUGAUCCUCCGCGGAUUUAAAAGUUCCGGAUGACUAUCAUAUGUGCACGAAACAAAACCUGUAAUCUUUCCGUGCUAAGUAUUUUUCCGUUAGGACCAAUUAUGAUGUUUUAUGAUGUUUUAUGAUCACAAAUUUUUUUGUGAUGACAAACAUUACUCUGUUUCAUUUUAUGUACAUUUUAGUUGCAGCCAAUAUAUAUGUAAAAAAGACACAAAAUUACAAAGGCUGUUCUUGUAUAUGUUUAAAUUUUAAUUGAUGAGGUGAUACUAUGUAUAACCACUUAUUGUUCAGUAACAAAUAUUGUUUUCAUGCGCAAAUGUGUUUUCAAGUCUUCUAUGUUGUGGUAACAGUAGCCCUGUUCUAGGCUUGUGGCGUGACUGUUGCUCUAUAUCAAAGCGAAUUUGUUAAGUUGGUGAUGGUUUUAAUAAAGCUAGUAGGCUGCCAAGAGCGGCCCACUCGAUG